CCCCCCCCCCCCCCCCCGCACCCACCCGUUUUUGGCCAUGGCAGUGGCAGAGGGCACCUCUAGGGUGAAGAAGGGCCUGGCGGCCAUGCUGAAGGGGGGAGUCAUCAUGGACGUGAUGAACCCGGAGCAGGCCAAGAUCGCGGAGGAGGCCGGCGCCUGCGCCGUCAUGGCGCUGGAGCGCAUCCCCGCGGACAUCCGGCAGUCCAAGGGGGUGGCGAGGAUGUCCGACCCCAAGAUGAUCAAGGACAUUGUGAACUCAGUGUCCAUCCCGGUCAUGGCCAAGUGCCGUAUCGGCCAUUUUGUGGAGGCCCAGGUCUUGCAGCAGGUAGGCGUGGACUGCAUCGAUGAGAGCGAGGUGCUGACCGUUGCGGACGAGGGCAACCAUGUGAACAAGGGCAAGUUCAAGGUGCCCUUCGUUUGCGGCUGCCGAAACCUCGGGGAGGCGCUCCGGCGCAUCGUGGAGGGGGCUUCGAUGAUCCGCACCAAGGGCGAGGCCGGCACCGGAGACGUGGUGGAGGCUGUGCGGCACAUCCGCACCCUGCACAAGGAGAUGCGAAUGGUACAGAUGAUGGACGAGGACGAGCUAUUCGCCUAUGCCAAGGAGAUCGGCGCCCCGGUGGACCUCCUGCAGGAGGUGAAGAAGACAGGGAAGCUGCCCGUGGUCAACUUCGCUGCAGGCGGUGUGGCCACCCCGGCGGACGCGGCCCUGUGCAUGCAGCUGGGUGUGGACGGCGUUUUCGUGGGCAGCGGCAUCUUCAAGUCUACGGACCCGGCCAAGCGGGCGCGCGCUAUUGUGAAGGCGGUGACCCACUUCAACGACCCCCAGGUCAUUGCGGAGGUGUCGGAGGACAUCGGCGAGGCCAUGACGGGCAUCAACUGCGACGCCCUGGCCACACGCUUCGCGGACCGGGAAGGGGGCAACAUGCCGGCGGCCAAGAAGCCACGGAUGGAGUCCUACGGGGACAAGAAGGCCACGGCAGGCUGGUGAGCCGGAUUUUGACUUUUGUCGAGGCUUCGACUUUCGUGAAAUGGAAGCCUUGGGCUCUGCGAAAGAAUUCGCCGCCUCUGGAGGAGACGGUUGAAUACUCAAAGCUGCAGAGACCCCGUUGUUCAGGGUGCCCCGAUGGUGUGAAUGAGAACC